UGCACAUAAUAAUAAAUGGUUGUACUAAUGAACUUUGUAAAUAUGAACUUAUCUACGUAUAUCAAAGUUAUUAUUUAUGUAAAUGUUAUAAAUGAGGAUAAAAAGUGUUAAAUAUAUAAUAAAAUCUGCGAUCAGUUGUGGUCAUGGAAAACGGUGCCUUAAAAUAUGGGAGCAACAACAACAACAAUGACAUUGUCGAAGAGAAAGUGGUACUGUCACUGGGAGCGACGGGCGGCCACAAGGGAACCACGACACCUUCUCACCCCUGCACAAUUCUCCACCAUUCUCCUUAUAAGGCCGCUUGGGAUUGGUUGAUCCUAAUACUGGUUAUCUACACGGCAAUAUUUACGCCUUACGUGGCCGCCUUUCAACUUAAUGAACCUGACUUCGACAAACGGUCGCGGAGCUUCGGCGAAGAUCCUAUUGUAGUCAUCGAUAUGAUAGUGGACGUGACGUUCAUUAUAGACAUCUUGAUUAACUUCCGCACGACGUAUGUGAACGCGGCCGACGAGGUGGAAUCCGACCCGGCGAAAAUCGCUCUGCACUAUCUGCGAGGAUGGUUUCUCAUUGACUUGGUGGCCGCCAUUCCUUUCGACCUGCUGCUCUUCGGUACCGACACUGAUGAAACAACGACCCUCAUCGGCUUGUUGAAGACGGCGCGCCUGCUGCGGCUGGUGCGCGUCGCGCGCAAAAUCGAUCGAUACUCCGAAUAUGGCACUGCCGUCCUGCUCCUCCUUAUGGCUACAUUUGUCCUUAUUGCACAUUGGUUGGCGUGUUUGUGGUAUGCUAUCGGUAGUUGGGAGCGGCCACAGCUACAUGCACCUAUAGGUUGGUUGGAUGCACUCGCCAACGAUGUUCAGGCCUCUUAUGACAACUCUACAGGUCCUUCUAUGAGAUCCCGUUAUAUCACCGCUUUGUAUUUCACGUGUACUUCGUUGACGAGCGUUGGGUUUGGAAAUGUCGCUCCAAAUACAGACAUGGAGAAAGGAUUCACCAUAUUCGUAAUGCUUGUAGGAUCUCUCAUGUACGCUAGUAUUUUUGGAAACGUAUCGGCGAUCAUUCAAAGACUAUAUUCUGGGACAGCUCGCUACCACACGCAAAUCUUGAGAGUUCGUGAGUUUAUAAGAUUUCAUCAGAUUACCAAUCCCCUACGGCAAAGAUUGGAGGAAUAUUUUCAACACGCAUGGAGCUAUACAAACGGCAUCGAUACCUCGAGCGUUCUCAAAGGUUUCCCCGAGUGUCUCCAAGCAGAUAUUUGUCUGCAUCUUAAUCGCAAUCUGCUCGCCAACUGCUCCGCGUUCGAAGGUGCUAGUCCAGGAUGUUUAAGAGCGCUAUCGUUAAGGUUCAAGACGACUCACGCGCCUCCUGGAGAAACAUUAGUUCAUCGAGGCGAUGUCCUAACGUCUUUGUUUUUCAUAUCACGAGGAUCUAUUGAAAUACUCAAAGACGACAUAGUUAUGGCUAUAUUAGGGAAAGAUGAUAUAUUUGGUGAGAAUCCGUGUAUACAUCCGACGGUCGGGCGCAGUAACUGCCGCGUGCGCGCGCUCACUUACUGCGAUUUGCAUCGUGUCCACAGGGACGACUUGUUAGACGUGUUAGAUUUCUACCCCGAGUUUCGGAAUUCCUUCGUCAAUAACUUAGAAAUUACGUACAAUAUGCGAGAUGAGGAGUUGGGUGGUAUCGAGCCGCGACGGCGUAUGCGCUACGAAAACCCUUGUGACGCGCGACUGCUGCGAGAAGCGUACGCGCGCACCACGCGCCGUCCCCACACCGAGACCUUCGCAGAUAAGGUGGAUUCUCAAUGUAGCGACGACGACACGGAGUCGCCUGCCAGCCGAGGGAUUCUCGAGUUCUCCACCGACAAGGCCGGGCAGGACGUCACUCCGCUCAACUUUAACUUUAGCAAACAGCGCUCCACCACCCUCAAUUCGAUAACAGGCAUGCUAGCGCAACUUAAAAGGAGCUUCCCUGACCUCUACCAUCAUAAAACACAUCAGCCGCUACACAACAAAUACUCCCAGUCGACGCCACAAACAUAUAGGGGACGAGCUGGUGUACGACGACAGUCAUCGGUGGGCCCAUUGAACGACACAUCGCCGCUGACGGGCGGUGCAGCGGGCGCGGCGGCGGGCGAGCCGGCCGUGAGCACGCCCGCGCACAGCGCCACGCUGCCAGUGUCCAGCCUCAGCACCAACCCCAGCUCGUACUACACGAACGCGUCGCCAAGUCCGCCUGCCGCGCCGCCUGCGCCUCAACACGUCUCGUGCGAUGACAUCCUCGCUCCGCCCGCACCGCCCUCCGCUGCACGCACUCCUUCAUGUCGAUCCGCGCCCCAUUCUGCUAUCAACCUCCAUCAGACUGGCCGUCCCGCUGCUCUAGCCUUUUCAAGUGAGAGGGCUCAGAACACCGCCCAGGAGAGCGUUUCGCCGCAGUAUCAGAACGUCGGUGCGGCCGCGACUGCGGCUUCGGUAGCCACUGUCUUAACAAGACUUGAAGAGCUGAGCAGACGCGUUGCGGUACUGGAAACGGGACUCACUGCAGAUGUUCGCCGUAUUUUACAAUUGUUACAGGCACGCGAUGGUUCCGUUCAACAUAACACACAACAGGUCCACACGCCGUCUCAAGUUUUGCCUAAAGCUUCACUGUCGGUCCCUCAAAGUAAUGAGUGGGAAUGGAACUGGAACGGCGAACGAGAACGUGAGCGGGGCGCGCGGUACGGGCGCGGCGAGCGGUCGGAGCGCACGCCGGGGGUGCAGCGGUCGGCGUCGGAGCCACACGCGCCCGUGCCGCCGGCUCUGCCGCCGCCGCCGCACUCGCACUCGUUCUACAGGUAGUGUGAGGCGCGCGAGACGAGCGCUCCCCGCUCCCGGCCCUCGAUGCGCUCGCUCGCUGAGUCCGCCUCGUGCGGCUCGCUGGCGGGCGGCUCGCCCAGCUCGCCCGAGCCGCCGCGCGGGGCCGCACCCGCUGGAACUCGCCCGCCGCCGGCGCCGCGCGCGCGCUUCCACUUCUGCCGGCGCAUCGCGCGCUCCGGCUACGACGAUGCCCGGAGCUUCCUCUGACGCGGCCCCGACCCGACGCAUGGACCAAUUUUAUACUUCCGUUAACGCCUAAAUUAACACGUCCUCGCGUUCUCGCGAACAGGUAGAUCGUUCUGCCGGUACCGAGUCCAUUUGUAUUUAAAAUUUGAAAUUUUACGAUGGAUUGCUUUGAUAAAAGCUAGAAGAAUGUUGAGCGAAUCGAUAUUGAUUAAGACGAAAGGACUGUGAACCUUCACGUUAUUGUUGUAUUAUAAAACAACAUGAGCGGUUUCAAGAGCAAAUUUAUAUGAUAUGGAUAAAAUUGGGUGCUUUAAUUUUAUGUAAUUUAUACAUUAUUGCGUAUGCGUGUAAAGUACAAUAGCACUAUCUGACAGUAUUAUAAUUUCACCGGCAGAUAAAUACUCGUAUUUUAACCUUUUAACUUCCCUAGAAUGUGACGAGCAAAGUCCUCAAUAUCACCAGUCUACGGCUUUCUAUGUAUUUUUCCCGAUUGUUCACCAAUGAAGCCUAAACUCGUCACUAAUGGCCCGCAGCCUGAUGCUGGUUCAAGCCUUUGCUCGUACCAUUUUAUUAUUGUAGAUUUCAGCUAAUCCAGAACGAGGCUAAUAAGACUGAGUGACUACGUAAAUACCGUGAACUGUAUUUCCAGAAGAGAGUACUUUAAACGAUAAACGCUUUCUACCCGUCCUUGCUCCUUGCCUUUACAUAGUAGCUAGGUAAAGUGUAACACUACUAUGCUCGACAAUUCAUUGGAAUGCUCCUUGUGGAAGUGCGUUUAUGUGUUGUAUGAUGUAUAAUAUGUCAGAACAGGUAUACAUUUGCCGCAUUGUCUUCAAUGACGCAUAGCUAAGCUACAUACUUACCUAAAUAUUUUAACAAAAAUAUUUUGUACGUCGUGUAUUCGUUUAUGAGGUUCACUUACGAGAGCGCUUGCUGUAUCACCGAUCACGUGCGACAGUGAGCUGUGAGUCGCUGACUCAUGACUCCUUCUCGUAUCAACACCCUCUCCUAUUGUAAUGGACAACAUCAUCUUCCCAUUCAUAUUCAUUUGUAUAAAAUUUACUAAAAUUGAGGCUCAAAUAACUAACAUUAUGUUGUAAUGUGUAUCCUAGUUACGGAGUAAGAAAUGUCGCCAAUAUAUCAUAAGAAGCAAUAAUAAACUCCAUCAUAUUUUAAGGACUCGUACAUCGUCGUUAAACCUAUUUACGUAAGAAGCUUUGGACAUUCAUUUAAAACUGUAUUAUAUUCAGAUAGUGCUAAAUACGUGUUUCACUGUAUGUACAGUGUAGCUGUGCUCUGUCAGCUUAUUACGUGUUCACGGGUGUAUACUGUAUAAUGUAAUAGUAUAUAUACUUUUGAGCCAUUCUUGCACAUUUACAUGUUUAACACAAUCUCGACUGCACCAUUAUUGGCAUUUCAUUUUCUAUUCUCGCUUAUGUCUAUACGUCCAAAUAUCUAAUAGCAAGGUUUAUUUAUUAUUGUCGAGCUAUCACAUCGCGAUAUUACGCGUUUAUCUCUAAAAUUUGAUGUUUCAUCUCAAUCAUUGUUGUUAAUACAUGGUUUACGUCAAUAUGUAGAUAAAAGCAAUAACGCGGACUUUUUAUUUCUAUGCCGACAAAAAUGUUGUGAGUGCGUGUUUAGCUACGCAUACCUUAUAUAAAGAGAUUUUAAUAACGUUACUCCAGUAACGACAUCACUCUCGCAUCGUUAACGAAUUCAUGGUUAGUAAGUAAAACAACGACCGAAGUGGCGUAACUUUGUUAAGCAGCUUCUGCGUUCAAAAAUUAAUAUUAGAUGUAAUAAAAUAUCAAUCAUGAGUUCGUCAGCACAAUUUGUCCGAUGUGUUAAAUUGAUUUCCAGCAAAAAGUAAAUUAUAAAGUUGUAAAUAUUUUAGUAUUUAGAUUUAGAUUUGUAAAUUGGUCAAUUCCCAUAUACCUAUUCUGAAUCUAUCUAGCGUUAUUAGUUCAUAAGCUUUGCUUUAAAUAACUAUUGUACGCCAGCACCCUAGUUCUACAUUUCAAUGUUAGUAUUGCUUUUGUAGUUAUAGUGUUUCGAAUCGCCGACAAGUUCAAUCCUAGAAGUGUUUAUUUAAUGUCCAUUUAUAUAGGCUUAUAGUCCCAGCCAUGUUUCGGUAAUGUUAUUUACUAGAUAGUUAAAGGCUUAUAGCACAAUCCAGUAUUGGCACGUUUUAAACUUUUUUUUUUAACAAAUCUCUUGAAGGGUUCUUCUAAUGGACAAUCAUUAAGGUCCUAUUUUUCCAAAGUAAUUCUUUAAAUUUUCUUUUAAGAUUUAAGUCCAGAUUUACAUAAACAAUCUUAUAGGUAGUACCCAUACGCACAGACUCAAACACGGCACAAAGUCGGCUGAAAACAAUUCACGAUGUGACUAAACAAUAACUGAGUAGCUUGAUGACAUAAUUACUUGAUUAUUACUUCCUUAUGAACAUGUAGUCCUAACAAACAUUAAUAAUUAAACAUAAAUAUUGUGUAUAGUUGGGGGAAGCUGAUAUUGGUAACGUCUUUAAUUGAUAUUAUAUAAUAAAUAUAGGUUUCAAUAGAAUAAAACCUAAGUCUAUUUGACUAUCGAUAACUAAAUGGUUUACUCUCAGUGGUAGUAAAACCUCGAUUAAUGUAAUUGUACUUACAGAAAAACGAAGUGAGAAGGAAUAGGAAAUGCAUAAAAUAAAAAAGUUUAAAUAUUUAUUUAAAAAAACACAGAAUAAGGUAUAAUGUAAAGGUUCAUUUUUAAUCAAUUUGAUAAAAGGAGGUAGUUCGUAUAAUUUCGUGUGUGAAAAAGACACGUCUUUUUUUACUCCGAUGCAUAAAAAAAAAGCUAUUUCACGACAUUACAGUUCAUUUCAGUCUUUAGUAAUAAUAUUACAAGUGAAAUUAAUUUCAAUAAAAUUCUAUUCAUUUCAUUCCUAUUCUCAUUUUUUCUUUAAUUCUCGUUUAUAAUCAUCUUUAUUAAACUUUUCAAGCGAAAAAUAAAAAAAUAACAUCAAAUAGACCAUCAUGGGGAUGUCUGUUCAUCAAAAUGGUUCCUAGUUAUGUCUCCUUUUCUUAGGCAGGCAUGUUUAGAUUCAUCUGAUUUGAACAGAAAGCUUCCUCCAUUCGUUAUUUGUAUUAUCUACUCAGAGUCCUGUUCAGACCUUGUUGUUGUUCCAAAUUAUACAUUUUAGUGGUUUGACUAUAGCGCUUAAGCACAGGGUGUAAUUCGUUCAUAAGUCAUAACAUUACUUAAGAUCCUAGAUAUACUAAUUCACUUAAUGCUUAACAUACAUUAUUAACAGUAGUUAUCUGCAGUCUGUAUCAGUAUUCUACUAUAGGCACAAAUUCGAACUAAUUUAAUAUUUUGCCAAUGGUCUAAUUCAUGAAUUUCACUCACAAUCACAUAAUUUUCCAUUUUACAGUUAAACUUAUGUCCCAUGUACUAUAAUUAUGGUAUUAUACCAGAGCGUCUCUUUCAUUAAUAAACAUUUAUUCGCCCAUGUUGUUAAUGUUACGGUACAUACAAUUAAGAACUUAAAAUCUUAUGACACCUAGGUAAUUAGGAUAAGAUGGAGUUAUCAGCUGGCCUAAUAGAAACAUUUGACCAUUACACCUAUAACGAACCAUUCAUAAACAGACGACAACAAAUUUUCCUGAUCACUUUUGAUUUUAUGGAAUAUCUAGACGCAAAAAUAUUUCUAUGAAUGUAUUAGAACCUUUUUUUACAGCGGAGGACCGGGUAAUGGUCAUGUGGUACGCUUAAUACCAUGAAUAUCCACAGAUGCAGGGCAUAGUAAGUGCGAAACUAACUUUUAAACAAUUAAAUGGGUAUAAGGAGGGACAGCAUUCAUUUAGAGAUAAUACUCUUUUUAGUUUGAGUUACUCGCACCAUUAAACAAAACAGCGACGCUGGACGACGGGUUGUUUACCAACGCACCACAUUUUAAAGGUCUUUUUUAAAUGUACAUAAUCCGAAUUUUCAGAAACAUUUUUUUUUUUGGUGUUGUUUGUCAAUAACACCAAAUUAAAUUAAACAUAAUAUGCUUUUUUUUAAACUGAUUGAAAUUUACUAAAUUGCUUAAUAUUGUUUUAGGAUUGAAAGUAAUAUGUGCGUUUAAAGUUCAACAUGAUUUCAAAAAUAACUCAUUGUUUAGCAUGAUAUUAAAUAUAUUACUGGAGCAGUGGUGCAGUUAAAACAUAUAAUUAGAAUAGAUGGCACCUGCGGUGGAUAUGGAUAGGUGUCAAGAAGAAAUGGUAAAAAAUUCUAAGGUUUUUACGCUAGCUACGAUUGUACAACAAAAAGAAAUUAAAUCUUUUUUUUUUCAAUGAGACUUCAAUAUUGGGUUUGAGGCGUUGUAUUUUGUGGUCGUAUCUUAUUGCUCCGGAUACCUACACCAUAAGGCACCAUAUUUACCUUAACGUGUGAAUAUAUACAUUUUUUUAAUUAUAAUCGUGGGUGCCCUUCGACUGGGGUGAAACCCUGAUCGCGCUUUGUUAUUUUUAAAUAACUAAUAAAUGAGUAUUUGUCAAGGUACAUGUACGUAACAAAAAGGUUAUUCCAAAAAAACAGUAACUAUUUUUUGUCGCAUCUGUUUUUUUUUUGUUUGUCUUAACACAUUCAUUCAAUAUAUUAUUUGAUAGGACGAAUAUGUUAUAAAAAAACAUACAUAUAUUUUGAGAAUUAUCAAACACCAUAGUUAUUGGGAAAACGCGAUUUUCUAGGAUAAAGAUUCCCAAAUUCGCAUCAGCGCCGUAAACACCAGCGCUCUGUUCACUGGCAAAAUAUGUACGUUAAUACUUAGGCUGCUGUAAAAUUAUUUCUAAAUGCCAUUAUUUUAUGAAACGUGUAAAGGAGUUCUAUCAAAAUACAAUAGCAUUAUUCUAGCAGGCAUUUUCAGGUGUUUUAAAAUUUACAAGUCUAAAUAAGAAAGUCAACUGUAACCGAUUAUUUGUCAGAGACAAAGAGGGAGUCAAGCCUUUCCAAAACGUCCAAACGGGUAUUGAUAUCUCCGUACACAACAUCUAGAUAUAUAAGAAAAACUUGGUAGGCACGUUUAUCUUUUUCUGGUUUUAAUAGAACAUUAUAUUAUAAUUUCUAUAAAAUAGAACUACAAUUUAGGUUACAUAUAGAUAAGAAUAAAAGUACGUGAAAAAGUUUCUUAAAACUUAUUCAAACAAAAUUUCCAUACGAC